ACUUUUAUUGUAGAAGACCCAUGUCUCACCCAAAAAAAAAAAAGGCAAAGUAAAGUAUUAUCUCUAAAUUAUAGAUUAAUAAUUAUUCGUCGCCCACUUGGUCCCAUUUCUCAAUUCUUCAUCUAUAUCUAUCCCCUUAUUUCAUUGCAUUGAUUCUCUUACAAGCACUUUCUCCCUCGGUCUUUAUCUCUCCUCCAUGUCUAAAAUGUUUAGCAGAAUUGCCAUGACCAACUCUAUUGUUCUUCUUCUGUUUUCCUUAACUUUCUUAGAACAUGGAUUGUUGUUUCAGAGGGUCUCCUCUCUUGGCAUCAACUAUGGUCAAGUCGGCGACAACCUUCCUCCACCGGACAAAGUUCUACAACUCUUGAGUUCACUCCAUAUCAAUAAGACAAGAAUCUACGACACAAACCCUCGAGUCUUAACCUCAUUUGCCAAUUCCAACAUCGAGCUCUUCGUCACCGUCGAAAAUGAAAUGCUUCCCAGUUUAGUAGACCCUCAACAAGCUCUCCAAUGGGUCACUACCCGUAUCAAACCCUACUUUCCAGCGACCAAGAUCGGGGGUAUCGCCGUCGGCAACGAACUAUACACUGACGAUGACUCAAGCCUUAUAGGGUAUCUUGUGCCUGCAAUGAUGAGCAUUCAUGGUGCUUUGGUCCAAACCGGACUAGACAAGUACAUUCAAGUAUCGACUCCGAAUUCACUGUCUGUCCUUCAAGAAUCUUACCCUCCCUCUGCCGGAUGUUUUAGGCCGGAGGUAGCCGGCGUAAUGACACAGCUCCUAGGUUUCUUGCGUAACACGAAAUCCCCCUUCUGGAUCAACGCUUACCCUUACUUCGCUUACAAGGAUUCCCCAACAAAGAUUCCAUUAGACUACGUCCUCUUCAACCCUAACCCUGGAAUGGUUGACCCCUACACCAAGUACCAUUAUGACAACAUGCUCUACGCUCAAGUAGACGCUGUGAUCUUUGCUAUGGCUAGGCUUGGUUUCAAAGACAUCGAAGUUGGGGUCUCGGAGACUGGAUGGCCGUCUAAAGGCGAUGGAGAUGAGGUUGGAGCUACUGUGGCCAACGCAGCUGUUUAUAACAAAAAUCUUCUAAGGAGACAACUUCAAAAUGAAGGAACGCCAUUGAGACCAAACUUGAGUUUUGAUGUUUAUCUCUUUGCUCUUUUCAAUGAAGACCUUAAACCAGGACCAACCUCUGAGAGGAACUAUGGAUUAUAUCAGCCUGAUGAGACCAUGGCUUACAAUGUAGGCUAUAAAGAAGGGAAAACAACGAUUGAUGUAUUGGACAUGCGUUUAUUUGUUGGCCAUUCACAUGCUAAUUAGAAGACCGUACUAGAAGCAAAAACAAAUUGAGAGAGCUUUUACGUGUAAAUAGAGAGAGUCCACUAAUGCGGUUCAUUUUUCAACGAGAAGAAUUAAACUAUUCUCAAAAGU